UAUGCUUCCCCUUUCGUUCUCUUUGCCUUGCUUCUGCCUCCGCUCUUAUUUCUCACCCAUUCUUCUCCUCGAAAAUCGUUUCUCCCCUGCACGCCGCGUUUAGACCAGUGGCAGCCUUCGUAUGGACUCGUUCUCACCCGACCCUCCCUCCUCCCUCUCCCUCGAUUCCGUUGCCGACAGUUUGAAAAAUCAAAGCUUCAGAGAACAAGGUGACGAUCACAUAAACAAAGAAAAUAAAAAUAAAAACGUUAAAUUGAGCCUUGAAGAUCUCAAUUGGGAUCAUUCAUUCGUCAGAGAACUCCCUGGGGACGCUCAAAGCGACUCUAUUCCUCGUCAGGUUUUACAUGCAUGUUAUACAAAGGUUUUUCCCUCAGCUGAAGUAGAGAAUCCGGAGCUUGUUGUUUGGUCAGAUUCAGUGGCUGACUUGCUUGAUUUGGACCAUAAGGAAUUUGAAAGACCAGAUUUUCCCAUUAUAUUUUCCGGGGCUUCCCCUUUGGCAGGAGCGGUGCCAUAUGCUCAAUGUUACGGAGGACAUCAGUUUGGCACAUGGGCUGGCCAACUGGGUGAUGGCCGUGCUAUUACUCUUGGGGAGAUUCUAAAUUCUAGGCUAGAAAGGUGGGAAUUGCAGCUUAAAGGAGCUGGGAAGACUCCAUACAGUCGAUCUGCAGACGGGCUUGCAGUUUUGCGAAGUAGCAUCCGUGAAUUUCUUUGCAGUGAAGCAAUGCAUUUUCUAGGAAUCCCAACUACUCGUGCUCUUUGCCUUGUGACCACUGGAAAACUUGUUACUCGAGACAUGUUUUAUGAUGGCAAUCCAAAGGAAGAGCCUGGUGCAAUUGUUUGCAGAGUUGUGCAGUCCUUUCUGCGUUUUGGUUCAUUCCAAAUACAUUCUUCUAGGGGAGAAGAAGACCUUGGUAUUGUUCGUGCUUUGGCAGACUAUGCCAUCAGACAUCACUUUCCUCAUAUUGAGAACAUUAGUAAAAGCGAGAGCUUAUCUUUUAUCACCGGUGAUGAUGAUCAAUUGGUUGUGGAUUUGACUUCAAAUAAAUAUGCAGCAUGGAUAGUGGAGAUUGCUGAGCGCACUGCUUCUUUGGUUGCUAGAUGGCAGGGAGUUGGCUUUACUCAUGGUGUGCUAAACACUGACAACAUGAGCAUUUUAGGUCUCACCAUUGAUUAUGGUCCUUUCGGAUUUUUAGAUGCUUUUGAUCCAAGUUACACACCAAAUACUACAGAUCUUCCUGGGAGAAGAUACUGUUUUGGAAAUCAGCCUGAUAUUUGCUUGUGGAAUAUUACACAAUUUGCCUCCAGUUUGAUGGCUGCACGCCUGAUUAGUGAUAAAGAAGCUAAUUACGCCAUGGAAAGGUAUGGGACGAAAUUUAUGGAUGAAUAUCAAGCUAUAAUGAGCCGAAAGCUUGGUCUCCAAAAGUACAGUAAACAACUUGUCACUAAACUUCUUAAUAAUCUGGCUGUUGAUAAAGUGGAUUACACGAACUUCUUUCGUUCACUUUCCAAAAUCAAAGCAGAUCCUGACAUUCCAGAAGAUCAGUUGUUGGUUCCACUAAAGGCUGUUCUGCUAGAUAUCGGCAAGGAACGUAAGGAGGCAUGGGGCAGUUGGGUGCAAUUCUACAUAAAGGAGCUUGUUUCCAGUGGCAUCUCAGAUGAGGAGAGGAAAACUUCAAUGGACUCGGUGAACCCUAAAUAUGUUCUGAGGAACUACCUAUGCCAGAGUGCGAUUGAUGCAGCCGAACUUGGUGAUUUUGGAGAGGUCCGAAGGCUGCUUAAAGUAAUGGAGCGGCCUUAUGAUGAGCAACCGGGAAUGGAAAAAUAUGCUCGUUUGCCGCCAGCAUGGGCUUAUCGGCCUGGUGUGUGUAUGCUAUCUUGUUCUUCGUGAGUAUUAAUUGGUUUUAUGUUACAGAAAACUUUCACAAAUAGCAAAAUCGGAGGGAAAUAUUUUUAUUUCACAAAGCGUAAUAAUGUUUUAUUUUUAUGUUCUACCUUUGUUGCGUCAUCCAGUGAUGAGGGUUUUUACACGACAAGUAUGCAUUGUUUAUGUUUUGAUAAUUAUCUAUUUUCUCAUCUGUUGUAAUAGAAAGAUAUAUGGUUGAGAAA